UAUGAUGGCAACUUCUUCGUUCAAAAUCUGGACACCAGCAUGGAGCAAAGUACUAAGAGAGGAAAAAGGCUGCACAGAACGCGAUACAUCCAAUACUGCACAUGGGCACAUGUACUAAUGGUGAGAACCGAUUGUUGCGGAGCUUUUAGCUUUACACAGGUUCCCGAUUUUGUGAAAAGUAAGCAUGCAGAAAUGUAAAAGAGACUGUUUUGUACUUUUUCCUUCAGAAAAAAGAAGUUGGGCCAGAAGAUGUGGAUUAUUCAUUUCCAAAAGUUGUUUUGAAAUACAUAAGAAACAUCACUCCAGGAGACGUGAAGGGAGAGAUCAGAGAGGUUUGUCUGUCUGUGUCAAUACACACACUUUCUUGAGCUUUUUAAGAAAUAAAAAUCCUCUGCUUAAAUUAUGUUGAUCUCACAAUAAUGAAGUUAAAUUUCUUUAUUACUACUACAGGAUGCUUUUCAAGUUGAACUUCAGGAGUUUUGCUCAGCACUUGACCUUCCAUCAAUUUCCACAACGAACUAG